ACCCCACGCACUAUCAAGAAACUUGAAGCCUGCCAAAAUAAUUGUAUUCGUCGAAUAUAUGGAGGGCCCACCAGGUUCGCUGUUAAUGUGAUGCUCCACCUGACUAAUCUACGCACAAUGCAGGAACGUGUUGCUACCCUACAAGCUCAAUUUAUAUUUCGAGCCCGCUACCUCCCCUCAUCCACUUUAUUAAGCACUCUCAUGCCCCAUCUACAAUAUUCCCGUUUCAAAACCCAUUGGCGCAAAUUCCUGAAGACACCUUUAUAUAACAAUGCACUUCGACCAGUUCAGAACCAACAACAAUCAGUGAAUUUCGCAAGCUAA